UCUCUCUCUCUCUCUCUCUCUCUCUCGCGCGCGCGCUCAGAUCAAAAUCUUUUUCUUUCAGUUCCACAAACAAUCAAUGGAGAGCUAUGCAUUAGCUCUUUCUAGCUCCACUCUAAACCCAAAACCCCUAAAGCAUUUCAACCCACCCAAAAUCUUGCCACGUUCUUCAUCUUCUUCUUCUUCACCAAUCCAUUUACUAUGCAGAAGCAUAGGUUCAAACACACCAGGUUUCACUUUCGGCUCUAAUUACAAAACCCACAAUAAUUACUAUUACUAUUCCUUCUUGUCACCCAAACGAAUCUACAAUGAUUUGGUGGUGGCCAGGGCUUCUGAAAGCUCCGGUGAGUCUGCAAAUCCAGCUGAGUUUGGCCGGAAUUUACAGCUGGCAGCCAUGUUUGGAGUGUGGUAUCUUUUGAACAUCUACUUCAACAUCUUCAACAAACAGGUUCUUAAGGUUUUUCCAUACCCAAUGACAGUGACCACGUUUCAAUUUGGGUGUGGGACUGUGAUGAUUUUGAUUAUGUGGGCACUUAAACUUCAUCCAAGACCCAAGAUUUAUAAAUCCCAGAUUGUACCUGUGGUAAUGUUGGCAGUGGCACACACAAUGGGAAACCUUUUGACUAAUAUUAGUCUUGGAAGAGUUGCGGUUUCCUUCACUCACACAAUUAAAGCCAUGGAGCCUUUUUUCACUGUUCUCUUUUCUGCCCUUCUACUUUCAGAGAGACCAACAUUGUGGGUGGUUUCAUCUCUUGUACCUAUUGUGGGUGGUGUUGCAUUGGCAUCCUUCACCGAAUCUUCAUUUAACUGGAUCGGUUUUGGAAGUGCAAUGGCUUCAAAUGUCACCAACCAAUCACGUAAUGUACUUAGCAAAAAGUUUAUGGUCAGGAAAGAGGAAGCUUUGGACAAUAUCAAUCUGUUCUCAGUUAUCACCACCAUCUCUUUUAUCCUGUUGAUCCCUUUUAUGUUCUUAUUAGAAGGCUUCAAGUUUACUCCAGAGUACCUGCAGUCUGCUGCGAGUCAAGGUGUGAAUGUGAGAGAGCUAUGUGUCAGGUCUGUUCUAGCUGGUGUCUGCUUUCAUAGUUAUCAACAGGUAUCGUAUAUGAUACUACAAAUGGUAAAUCCAGUGACACAUGCCGUGGGGAACUGUGUGAAGCGAGUGGUGGUCAUCGUGUCCUCUGUUAUUUUCUUUCAGACACCCGUGUCUCCCAUCAACUCCCUUGGAACUGGUUUGGCACUUGCUGGAGUUUUCCUGUAUUCAAGAGCAAAGAGGAUAAAACCAAAAGCUGCUUGAUUGUAAUAGAAGCGUCAUAGGCUGCGCAUCGCGUAUCAUUUCAAUUCGCCUUGCCUUGGAAACAAUAAUUGUGCAUAUAUAUAUUCUACACUCAUUUUCCCUUUUCUUUUGUAUCACCCUCUGCCCUGGUUAGAAAAGGAACAGAGCACUCAAAAAAUAUUUGAGUAUGACCAAGAUAA